GCAACUUAAAAUAUCUAUUCCAAUCUUUCAAAUUAAUUAGGGUUUUUGGCUAUAAGGGCACACAACUUAAGUUACAUAUAGUGUAUCCAUAAUCAAUUAGGCGACACUAAACCCUCUCUGCCGCCCUCCUCCCGUACUCCAUUGUGGUAAGUAAAUGGCGACGGUUCCAGGACAGUUGAUUUGGGAGAUCGUGAAGAGAAACAACUGUUUCUUGGUGAAGGAGUUCGGUCGAGGCACCGCCGGCAUUCAGUUCAGUAAGGAGAGCAACAAUCUCUACAAUCUUAACUCUUACAAGCACUCUGGUCUUGCUAACAAGAAGACUGUAACUAUUCAGCCUGGUGGGAAGGAUCGAUCAGUGUUGCUUGCCACCUCAAAGACUAAGAAGCAGAACAAACCUGCAAGUGUGCUUCAUAAAUCUGUUAUGAGAAAAGAGUUUCCUAGGAUGGCUAAGGCUGUUGUCAAUCAGGUUGUAUAUAAUCACUACCGACCGGACUUGAAGAAGGCAGCCCUUGCAAGACUUAGUGCUGUCAACAGGAGCCUUAAGGUAGCCAAAUCUGGGGUCAAGAAGAGGAACAGACAGGCAGUUAGGAUCCGUGGCAGGAAGUGAAACAUAGAUAGUUGGGGAAACUGUCAUGCCUGAAUUGGUGAUGGUUUUCUUUGGUUACAAAAGUUGCAGACAGUAGAUUAAUUUGUCAUUUCGUGUUAAUGUAUUGGAAAAUUUGUCACCUCUGCUAGAGAUGGUUUAGCCUUGGAUUUGAUAAUUGCAUUUUUAGUUUUAAGUUAUGCGCUAAUGGGAAUUUCAAUUACAUUUGUACGAGACUAUUGUAUGUUUAUUUUGUUUUGGAUUGUUGGUUGAAAAAAUUAUUUCAGUAA